AUGUCUGGUCCCUCCUUAACAGAGCUCGAAAUGAUCACACUUGACUGGUUAGUGGACUUGCUUGGACUGCCAGAAUACUUCAAGAAUUCCCACUCGGGUAUUGCUAGCAGUCUUAUUCAAACUACUGCCGGUGAAGCCUUAACGACAGCGAUUAUAACGGCCAGAGCAACUGCUGUUGAAGCAAUAAAGACCGAAGGCACAUCCUAUUUGCCCAGUGGACUUGUGAAGCAAACCGUGAAAGAGAUACUCCACAAAAUUCGACAGAACACGAUAGACGAAGAAAACGCCGGGAUCACCAAUGCCGUCUACCACGACGCAGUUGUUUUCGAGCGACUGAUUGCGUAUUGUUCUGAGCAUGCUCAUCCCUUCUUGGAAAAAGCAGUGCUGUUAAGCGCGGUGAAGUUACGAAAGUUGAAAUGCAACAUUGAUCCCGAAAUGGGGAACUAUACGGUGACAAAAGAAACACUAGAAAAGGCAAUAAAGGAGGAUCGCGCUCGUGGAUUAAUACCAUUCCUUCUAAUUGCCUCCAUGGGCACGAAGAAGACAUGUAGCUUCGAUCGGUUAGAUGAACUCGGGCCAGUUUGUUACCGAGAACGAAUUUAUCUUCAUGUCGAUGCUUCAUAUGGAGGAUCAUUCCUUGCCUGUCCUGAAUUCCGAUAUAUGUCACAAGGUAUGGAAUAUGUGGAUUCACUAAGUUUCAGUACACAUAAAGCUGUGAUGUCCAAUAGUGACUGCUCUCCGUUGUGGUAA